CUCUUGAAAUGUUGCUGAUAUCCGUCCAUGUGGUGAUUCGGGAUGAAAAUGAGACACUCACAAGGAGAAUUGAGGAGGGACCCUGAUGCGGUCAUCUACAGGACCAUGUCUUCUUAAACUGCCGGACUCUAUCCGACAGUCUUUUCAAGUGACCGAGGAACUUGAGUGAAGAUGAACAAAGAGGGGUCUCACUCGCAGUCCUCGCUGCCGGAUGCCAUGGACAUCAUCCGCAGCAAGACCCUGGCCCGCCGGGUGAGACUCAACGUCGGGGGUCUCCUCCAUGAAGUCCUGUGGAGGACACUGGACAGGCUGCCCCGCACGAGACUGGGCAAACUGAGAGACUGCAACACCCACGACGGCAUGAUGGAGAUAUGUGACGACUACAGCACGGAGAACAACGAGUACUUUUUCGACAGACACCCCGGUGCCUUCACCUCGAUUCUGAACUUCUACCGCACCGGGAAGUUGCACAUGAUGGAGGAGAUGUGCGCCCUGUCCUUCAGCCAAGAGCUGGACUUCUGGGGCAUCGACGAGAUCUACCUGGAGUCCUGCUGCCAGGCCAGGUACCACCAGAAAAAGGAGCAGAUGAACGAAGAGCUGAAAAGAGAAGCGGAGAGCAUGAGAGAAAGGGUCGGAGAGGAGUUUACGACCACAUGCUGUUCCGAAACCAGGCAGAAGCUGUGGGACCUCAUGGAGAAGCCCAGCUCAUCAUUCGCUGCUAAGGUAAUGUGCAACACAGCCAGACAAGCAGGGCAGAUACAGUGA